AUGGCGCACCCAGGGAGCCUCCAAGGGGCGGUUGCGCCCUAUAGGGUGUUCCCAGGGGUGGCGGUGCCCCCAGGGUCUCUCCCAAAGGCGGAGACGCCCCAAGGGGCCCUCCAAGGGACGACGGCACCACAAGGGCUCUCCAAGGGGCGGUGGCGAAACCAGGGGCCCUCUAAGCCUCCCUCCUUACGGGUGGCAGCACCCCAGGGAACCUCCCAGGGAUGGCGGCACCCCAAGAGCCCUCCAAAGAGCGGUGGCGCUCCAAGGGGCGGUGGUGCCCCCGGGAGCGCUUUCGUGAGUGGUGGCGUCCCUAGGAGCCCUACCAAGGAGGUGGCUCCCCCAAAAGCCCUUUCAUGGGCCCCGGCGCCGGCGCCCCCAGGGGCCAUUACAGGGGCGGUGGCGCCGCCGUCAGGGGUUCUCCCAGGGGCGGGAGUGCCCCCAGGGACCCAUCCAAGGGAGUCGGCUCAGGCGGCCAGUAGGGCCCUUCCAAUGGCGUCGGCGCCCACAUGGGCUUGA